GUUUCCUGCUGAGGGAUGCCCGCUCGGCCGAGCGGGACCAGAGUCGCUCCGCGGCUGGAGGGGCUCGAGGAGGUGCGGAAGGCCCGGGGAAAGUGCCAAUGGCACCUCCUCCUCGGGGACAGGAUCGGAUUUUCCACUAAAACCAGCGGUUUUCGCAACAAUCUCGGGAGCGGAGCGUCCGGAUGGGAGGGGCGGUGGGAGGGAGAAGGCGGGGGCGGUGGGACGGGACGAGAUGGGAGAGGAGACGGACGGAGCCGCUCUCGGUCAGCGUCGCCCGUGAGCCCGACAGCAAGCGCCAUCUUCAUCCUAUUUAUAGCGGGAGCAGCGGGCCGGGAUCCCGGCCCCGGCAGCAGCGGGCCAGGCGCUGAGCUGCCCCUGCACAGCCCUCGCCUCCCCGCUGCGCUCUGCCCUGCGCUCAGCCAGCCCGGCGGAGCCCGCACGGCCCCACCCAACCACCCCGAGAUGGCACAAGGCGGGCGCGACCCCCGGCCCGGGGACCUGAUCGAGAUCGACCGGCCAGGUUACAAACACUGGGCGAUCUACGUGGGGGAUGGAUAUGUCAUCAACGUCACACCUGUAGAUGAAGGAGCCCCAUCUCUGUCAGUGAGCACCACAUCAAUAUUCACCAGAAAGGCCAAGGUGAAGAAGCAGCUCCUGAAGGAGGUGGUGGGAAAUCACAAAUGGCGUGUCAACAACAAGUACGACCGCUCCCGCACUCCUUUCCCUGUGGAGGAGAUCAUCCGGCGUGCUGAGCAAUGGGUUGACAGGGAGGUGCCAUAUGAUGUGCUUAACAGAAACUGUGAGCACUUUGUGACAGAGCUCCGAUACGGAGAAGGAGUCUCUGAGCAGGUCACAAAAGCUGUAAUUGGUGCUACAGCAGCUGUAGGAGGUAUCCUUCUUGCUGGUCUUGCCACCGUUGUUGUGAAGGGCUUGUUUGGGGACUCAUCCAAGAGAGAGAGGAAGUACUCCUGAUGUGCUGUCAGGAAGAGCUCAGACCAAGGCAGGGGCAUCUCCUGGCCACAGCAGUCACUGGGCAGCUUUUGCUGCACCUGCCAUCAAUGUUUCCUAGUAACUGUGCCACCCUUGCUGUAAAUAUUAAAUAAUAUAAGAAUAAAUAAUGGAUAUUUAAUUAAAUAAAAUGUCAGAAAUCCAAUCUUUAAUUUCCCAAAAAUCUUCUUUUAUCUAACUUUGCAUCCAAAUUCAACUUUUCAGCCUUGCUUUUCCCUGCUAUCUCAUUAAGAAAUAAAAAGUCAAGUUUGGCACCAUUUAAGGUGACCUCCAGCAACAUUA